AUGGCCAAGAGCGGCGCAGGAUACCAGAAGCUGGCCGACGCGGAGCCGCGAGACGACCAGCAGCUCCCCCAGGUCCUCUUCGUGCAGGACCGCCGCCGCGAUCGAGCCCGUCGAUUCCUCCGUUUCGCGCUGUUCGUCGUCGUGCCUGUUCUUGUCUUCUUCUCCUUGUUCGGAAAGACAGUCCCCGGAUUCGGCCCCGGAUGCCACUCCUCGCCACCACUCAGCAGCGUCAUCGACGGCCUGUCGAGCCACCCCAGCGAGAGCUGCGGCACCGACUUCCACAACAUCCACGACGGCAGCUACCCGCUCCAAUUCGGCGCCGAACGCCAGGUGCACUUCAUCCAGCAGCUCGGCACCAGCCGGGGCCGAGGCCGCGGCCGCGUCCCGGUCAACGUGAGCGGCUACGUGCGCGUGGUGGCGGCCGCCACCUCCGACGCCAAGGGCAAGAUUGACCUGCAAAUCGACGCCAACGAGGACAACCUGCCCGUCCACACGUUUUGGGACCCCGAGAGCCAGCGGCUGCGCGUGCGCAUCGACGACGUGUACCGCCGCGACGACGGCGCCCGCCCCUGCGUCGACGUCCGCGCCGUCGUGCACGUCCCUGCCGACGCCGACCUCCAGACCCUCAAGGUCGAGGUGACGACCCUCGACAUCUCCAUCGAGGACAAGCUCGGCCUCGCCGCCGACGAGACCAUCCUCACCUCCGUGGCCAGCGACAUCACCUUUGGCCGGGACAGCCUACGCUCCGGCGCCCGCCUCGCCCUGACCUCCGUCUCGGGCCGCAUCCGCGCCGACGCCCCGCUCCUCGCGCGCGUCGAGUCCUUCACCACCUCGGGCUCCAACCACGUCGACGUCUACCCGCCUGCCGCGUGGCGCGACUUCGACACCGCGUUCCUCAACGUCCACUCCGUCUCGGGCGACAUCACCGUCCACGACCCUAUCGAUCACCCCGAGGACCUGCCCGCCGCCGAUUACGUGCGCAAGGCUUCCACCGUCUCCGGCACCGUCUCUGCCUCCCUGCUCUUCUCUUCCAAGGCUGAGUUUGCUGGCCAGCCGAGCGGCGAUUUGGAGAUUAAGCUGCGGCCCGUCCUCGCGGGCAAGCUCGCCGAUGCCGACGGCGAGGUGACCUCGCGGCUGACCACCGACACCGUGUCCGGCGACGCCCAGAUUCGCAUCCUCGAGCCGACCUGGAUCGGAAAGCAGGACGGGUCCUGGGCCCUCUAUUCGUCCCACAAGUCCGUUAGCGGCGACGUCGAUGUCCGCCUUCCUGACGCCUGGGAGGGCAAGUUCGCCUCGAGGUCCCUGACGGGCAAGAUCGAGGUCCGCGGCAAGGACGUGCAUCUGGGAACUAACGCGGAGGAGACGGAGGCGGCCAAGGGCGAUGUUGAAGGGGCCAUGUUUAAGAGUGUCAGCGGACGCAAGGGCGAGGGGAACUCCAAGCUCGAGGUCCGCACUACCACGGGCGACAUCAAGCUUGUCGUCGGCGAGGAGUGA